AUGAUCUGUGAGUGCGGAAGUAUGCAAAAAUCUUAUUAGGAAAGGUUUUUUUAAAGAUCAAGACGAUCUUUUCAAUUUUCAGAAAAAGUUUGAAAAAUAUUUUUUUCUCGUAAAAAUACUUACUCCGGUUCUAUUUCGGCUCAAAUUUGCUUACUAGGGAUUUGCUUACUACAGAACAAGCAAAAAUGUCUUGCAAUAGAUCUUAUUUUCGAGUUAUGGAGCUUCAAAGUACGCAAUUUAUGACGAAAAAGCACUGUUUCAAGCUUUUGAAGCAUCUUAACUCGAAAAAGAAAUCUAUUGAGAAACACUUUUUCUUGUUUUGAAAUCAGGAGGUCCUAAAGUACACUCAGCGAAGUUUCAUGGAAAGUUCAACCGGAAAAUAAAAAAUUUUCUUAAAAAAAAACGUUAACUUUGUGAAUUUUUGAUCACCAAAUGACCUUUUCCAACUUUUCUUGAUUCGUAUCUUCUCCUCUCAAGCCUCCCUGUAGUUGAUCAAAUAGUUAACGAAGUGUCGAACCGGUCGGAGUCCCACUCGUUGGCAGCAGCAGCAGCCAAUGAGGAUCCGAACUUCUUCCCAGCUUCUGCCAAACGCCAUCCGAAGCAAUUCCGAGGCCACUCGAAAAGACGUCGUUGUCUAAUUACGGUUUGGGUACCUCCUUCCCCUUCUCCUGCGCUUUCCUCGAUUCUGACGACGUCGACGACCGGUCUCAUCACUUACGGCAACGUCUAG